CAUACUUGUAUUGUUGACAUGAUCUUUAAAAGGCUGGGACAGAGGCGGGACAUUGAGCAUCAGGCCAAGCUCCGGACCUGACACAAGGACCAGACUUAAUUCCGUGCGGAAGUACUUCAUCUUGGACAUCACAAGACACAAACACAACCAUGAUCAAGACUUUCAUUCUUCUGCUUCUGCUUGUCAGAAGCAACAGUUACGUUUUAAACAAACGUGAAUCAGGCGACUGGUCAGGUGAAUCAGGCGACUGGUCAGGUGAAUCAGGCGACUGGUCAGGUGAAGGAAACACCACCCCUCCAGAAACCACCACCACUGUGUACACUGCCCCUCCAGAGACCACCACCACUGUAUACACCACCCCUCCAGAAACCACCACCACUGUGUACACUGCCCCUCCAGAGACCACCACCACUGUAUACACCGCCCCUCCAGAGACCACCACCACUGUAUACACCGCCCCUCCAGAGACCACCACCACUGUAUACACCGCCCCUCCAGAGACCACCACCACUGUAUACACCGCCCCUCCAGAAACCACCACCACUGUAUACACCGCCCCUCCAGAGACCACCACCACUGUAUACACCGCCCCUCCAGAGACCACCACCACUGUAUACACCGCCCCUCCAGAGACCACCACCACUGUAUACACCGCCCCUCCAGAGACCACCACCACUGUAUACACUGCCCCUCCUGAGACCACCACCACUGUAUACACCGCCCCUCCAGAGACCACCACCACUGUAUACACCGCCCCUCCAGAGACCACCACCACUGUAUACACCGCCCCUCCAGAAACCACCACCACUGUGUACACCGCCCCUCCAGAGACCACCACCACUGUGUACACCGCCCCUCCAGAGACCACCACCACUGUGUACACAGCCCCUCCAGAGACUACCACCACUGUGUACACAGCCCCUCCAGAGACCACCACCACUGUGUACACAGCCCCUCCAGAGACUACCACCACUGUGUACACAGCCCCUCCAGAGACCAUCACCACUGUUUACACCCCACCGCCAGAGAGUACUACCACCCCAAUGCAGACAACCACCACUAUAUACACUCCCCCUCCAGAGAUCACCACCACUUCAGUGGAGACCACUACUUCCCCAGAGACGACCACCACACCAGGGAUGCUCAUUUCCCCUGAGACGACUACCACACCAGAGACGCCCACCCCCCCAGAGACGACCACCACACCAGAGACGACCACCACACCAGAGACGACCACCACACCAGAGACGACAACCACACCAGAGACGACAACCACACCAGAGACGACCACCACACCAGAGACGACCACCACACCAGAGACGACCACCACACCAGAGACAACCACACCAGAGACGACCACCACACCAGAGACGACCACCACACCAGAGACGACCACCACACCAGAGACGACAACCACACCAGAGACGACAACCACACCAGAGAUGACAACCACACCAGAAACAACCACACCAGAAACGACCACCACACCAGAGACGACCACUACCCCAGAGACGACAACCACACCAGAGACGACCACUACCCCAGAGACGACCACCCCACCAGAGACGACAACCACACCAGAGACGACCACUCCCCCAGAGACGACCACCACACCAGAGACGACCACCACACCAGAGACGACAACCACACCAGAGACGACCACUCCCCCAGAGACGACCACCACACCAGAGACGACCACCACACCAGAGACGACAACCACACCAGAGACGACCACCACACCAGAGACGACCACCACACCAGAGACGACAACCACACCAGAGACGACAACCACACCAGAGAUGACCACCACACCAGAAACGACCACCACACCAGAGACGACCACUACCCCAGAGACGACAACCACACCAGAGACGACCACUACCCCAGAGACGACCACCCCACCAGAGACGACAACCACACCAGAGACGACCACUACCCCAGAGACGACCACCCCACCAGAGACGACAACCACACCAGAGACGACCACUCCCCCAGAGACGACCACCACACCAGAGACGACCACCACACCAGAGACGACAACCACACCAGAGACGACCACCACACCAGAGACGACCACCACACCAGAGACGACAACCACACCAGAGACGACCACCACACCAGAGACGACCACCACACCAGAGACGACCACCACACCAGAGACGACAACCACACCAGAGACGACCACCACACCAGAGACGACAACCACACCAGAGACGACAACCACACCAGAGACGACCACCACACCAGAGACGACAACCACACCAGAGACGACCACCACACCAGAGACGACCACCACACCAGAGACGACAACCACACCAGAGACGACCACCACACCAGAGACGACCACCACACCAGAGACGACAACCACACCAGAGACGACCACCACACCAGAGACGACCACCACACCAGAGACGACCACCACACCAGAGACGACCACCACACCAGAGACGACAACCACACCAGAGACGACAACCACACCAGAGACGACCACCACACCAGAGACGACAACCACACCAGAGACGACCACCACACCAGAGACGACCACCACACCAGAGACGACAACCACACCAGAGACGACCACCACACCAGAGACGACCACCACACCAGAGACGACCACCACACCAGAGACGACAACCACACCAGAGACGACCACCACACCAGAGACGACAACCACACCAGAGACGACAACCACACCAGAGACGACCACCACACCAGAGACGACCACCACACCAGAAACAACCACACCAGAGACGACCACCACACCAGAGACGACCACUCCACCAAUGCAGACCACCACCACGGUGAAGCCCUACACCCCAGGGAAGCCCUCCAACACCCACCCCAGUGCAGGCCAUCAUCACCACCACUACUACUACCACCACCCUAGUGCAGACCACCACCACCCUAGUGCAGACCACCACCACCACCACCACUACUACUCUCACCACCACCACCCCAGUCCACUUCACCACCACCACCACCACUACAACUCUUACCACCACCACCGCCCACCUCAUGCAUACAGUAUGUCGGCUUGAGCCCACCCCCGUGCACAAGACAUCGUAUAUUCGCCCUCUACAUUUAUGAUUAAAAAAUGUACAUUGUGUUACAAUAUGAUUGUUACGUUGAUACUCCAUCAUAUUAACACAUGUUGCAGGGGGGAACGUUUUGAGUGAGACACGCGGUACGGGAAGUAAGCGGGCUAGUGUGAGUGAGUCACCUUGAUUUGUAACUGCACUGAAGUUGCCAAUAAAGUACAAGUGAGCAAUAA